UGCCUGAGCGGGCGGGAAGCAGGCGUUCGGCUAGGUUUUGUCCGCUUGCCGGGAGACUUCAGGAGCCGCGCUCUUUGAACUUCCGGCCUCUGAGACCGCCGCGCCUGUCCCCGAGGGCCAUGGGCCGGGUCUCGGGGCUCGUACCUUCUCGCUUCCUGACGCUCCUGGCGCAUCUGGUGGUCGUCAUCACCUUAUUCUGGUCCCGGGACAGCAACAUCCAGGCCUGCCUGCCUCUCAGGUUCACCCCCGAGGAGUAUGAGAAGCAGGACAUUCAGCUGGUGGCCGCGCUCUCUGUCACUCUGGGCCUCUUUGCAGUGGAGCUGGCCGGUUUCCUUCUAGGAGUCUCCAUGUUCAACAGCACCCAGAGCCUCAUCUCCAUUGGGGCUCACUGUAGUGCAUCCGUGGCCCUGUCUUUCUUCAUAUUCGAGCGUUGGGAGUGCACUACGUAUUGGUACAUUUUUGUCUUCUGCAGUGCCCUUCCAGCUGUCACUGAAAUGGCUUUAUUCAUCGCCAUCUUUGGGCUGAAAAAGAAACCUUUCUGAUCACCUUCCUGACGGUCGCAGGCUGCAGGGGAGGCCGCUUCGUAUUCCUGGAAGAAGGAAGGUAUAGGCUUCAGUCUUCCCCUCGGAAACUGCUUCUGCUGGAGGUUAUGUGUUGGAAUAAUUACCUCUGAAGUAUGGGAUUAUCAGCAUUGUAUUUAGUGUUUUGUAAUAAAAUAUGUUUGUAGUAAGAUCAAGACUUAUAUACAGUUUUCAGGGGACAAUUGGGAUGGCUUAACUAUUAAAGAAAAAAACAACUACGCUGUUUUCUAGUCCUGCAGAACGUAAGAUUCUUAAUAUCGCUUCUAGUUUGGUUAUUACGGUAGACGUCUGGCGGAAGGCAGUGGGCGGGGAUAUUUAAAUAAAAGUGCGUACAGUUAGAACGUCCAGCACGUAAGUUACUGGAGCAUUCUGGGAAGAAAUAAUUUAUUCCUUUUCUGUAGCCGAAUGAAAAAAA